AUGCAGGCAAUGACGAUGUUAAGGUUUUUGGUGCUUUCUCUUUGCUGUUUGGUUGUGGGAGGGGCAACAAAAUCAGAAUACCUAAACCCAGGAUUGCCAAUCCCACACAGAAUCAACAAACUACUCUCAAGAAUGACAUUAUCAGAGAAAAUUGGGCAAAUGGUGCAAAUAGAGAGAUCAGUGGCAUCAGCCGAAGUGAUGAAACAGUACAAAAUUGGGAGUGUUUUAAGUGGCGGUGGAAGUGUUCCAUCACAAAACGCAAGUCCCCAAGAAUGGAUCAAAAUGGUGAAUGAAUUUCAAAAGGGAGCAAUGUCAACAAGAUUGAAGAUUCCUAUGCUUUAUGGGAUUGAUGCUGUUCAUGGACAUAAUAAUGUUUAUAAUGCCACCAUUUUCCCUCACAAUAUUGCUCUUGGAGCUACCAGAGACCCUGAUCUUGUGAGGAGGAUUGGAGAUGCCACUGCUCUGGAGGUUAGAGCCACAGGAGUCAACUACGCUUUCGCGCCAUGCAUUGCGGUUUGCAGAGAUCCUCGAUGGGGAAGGUGCUACGAAAGCUACGGCGAAGAUCCCGAAAUCGUGAAGAAUAUGACAGAUAUCAUUCUGGGGCUUCAGGGGGAGAUACCUCCUCGUUUUCCCCAGGCCGUUCCUCAUGUCGAUGGACCGAAGAAGGUUGCAGCUUGUGCAAAACAUUUCGUAGGUGAUGGUGGCACCUAUCAUGGAAUCGAUGAGGGCAAUACAAUGAUAAAUUGGGACACAAUGCUGAGGAUUCACAUGCCUGGUUUUGUCGAAGCCAUUCAAAAGGGUGUGUCCACAAUCAUGGCUUCCUACUCAAGCUGGAAUGGACUGAAGAUGCAUGCUAAUCAUGAUCUUAUUACUAAUUAUCUCAAGAACACUCUCAAUUUCAAGGGAUUUGUCAUAUCUGAUUGGGAAGCUCUUGACAGGAUCACUGAUCCUCCUCACGCAAAUUACACUUACUCAGUUCUAGAAGCGGUUAAUGCCGGAAUCGACAUGGUCAUGGUUCCCUAUAACUACACAGAAUUCAUCAACACUCUGACUUAUCUUGUCAAGAACAAAUACGUUCCCAUGAGCCGCAUUGAUGAUGCGGUUGGCAGAAUAUUGGGAGUAAAGUUUCAUAUGGGACUUUUUGAGAAACCAAUGGCUGAUAAUAGUCUUGUCUCAGAGCUAGGAAAAAAUGAUCACAGAGAACUGGCAAGAGAAGCUGUGAGAAAGUCACUAGUGCUCUUGAAGAACGGGGAAGAUGCAGAUACUCCGGUCUUACCUCUUCCUAAAAAGGGAGCUAAGAUUUUGGUUACAGGUAGUCACGCUAAUAAUUUGGGUUAUCAAUGUGGUGGCUGGACCAUUUCCUGGCAGGGACAAGGCGGCAAUAACAUUACCAAGGGGACCACUAUUCUCCAGGGGAUUAUGAACACAGUUCACUCUAGCACUGAGAUAGUCUUUAACGAGAGGGCAAAUGCUGACUUUGUUAAGAAAAACAAUUUUGAUUAUGCCAUUCUUCUUGUUGGGGAGAUGCCAUAUGCAGAGAUUGCAGGGGACAGCAGAAACUUGACAAUUGCAGGCAAUGAAGGUGUAAUCACUGACGUCUGCAUCAACACUAAGUGUGUUGUGGUAGUAAUUUCAGGGAGGCCAGUGGUGAUGGAACCUUUUGUAAGGUUCGCAAAUGCCAUUGUUGCUGCUUGGCUUCCAGGAACUGAAGGCCAAGGAGUUGCUGAUGUUCUGUUUGGUGAUUAUGGUUUUACUGGGAAACUGCCACAGACUUGGUUCAAAAGUCCUGAUCAAUUGCCCAUGAACGUUGGUGAUCCUCAUUAUGAUCCUCUAUUUCCAUUUGGGUUUGGUCUUGAAACUCAACCAGUCCAAAGGUAGAAUAGGUUUAGCAUGCAUACCCAUUUUUUGCAGGACAUAUUUUUUCUUUUUUGUAGAUUAUUGGCAGUUAGUUUCCUUUUGUUUUGGUAGAUGUUUGGUAGGCUUUUUCUUUCGGUAGGUUUAGAAAUUAGAUUUUGCAAAAACUUUCUUGCACAAGAGAGUUAGGGAAUUUUAGGAAUUGUU